GGGGCCGGCCCGCGAGCUCGGCUGCCAUUGGCUGGGGACUCCCGGACUGGGAAUAUAAGCCAGCACCGGGUGAACAGUGUGCUUACUGUCUACCAGACUCGGAGCGCAGCGGAUCAGAGUGGAGAAAGGCAGGCUCAUCACGAGGGCGCCGGCGGGACCAUGGAGAACCAAUUCACAUAUGAAGAUUACCAGAACACAGCAGAAUGGCUUCUGUCCCACACCAAGCACCGACCUCAAGUGGCAGUGAUCUGUGGUUCUGGGUUAGGAGGUCUGGCUGAGAAAGUAACUCAGGCCCAGAUCUUUGACUAUAGUGAGAUACCCAACUUUCCCCGAAGUACAGUUCCAGGACAUGCUGGUCGGCUAGUGUUUGGGUUCCUGAAUGGCAGAGCCUGUGUGGUGAUGCAGGGCAGAUUCCACUUGUAUGAAGGCUACCCGCUCUGGAAGGUGGCAUUCCCAGUUAGAGUUUUCCGCCUUCUGGGUGUGGAUACCCUAGUGGUCACCAAUGCAGCUGGAGGGCUCAACCCCAAGUAUGAGGUUGGAGAUAUCAUGCUGAUCCGUGACCAUAUCAACAUGCCUGGUUUCUCUGGUCAGAAUCCUCUCAGAGGCCCCAAUGAGGAAAGGUUUGGAGUUCGUUUCCCCCCCAUGUCUGAUGCUUAUGAUCGGCAUCUCAGGCAGAUGGCUCACGUUACCUGGAAACAAAUGGGGGAACAGCGAGAACUACAAGAAGGGACCUAUGUGAUGUUGGCGGGCCCCAACUUUGAGACCGUGGCAGAGUCUCGUCUGCUGCAGAAGCUGGGGGCAGAUGCUGUUGGCAUGAGCACAGUACCAGAAGUUAUAGUUGCACGGCAUUGUGGACUUCGAGUCUUUGGCUUCUCCCUCAUCACUAACAAGGUCAUCAUGAAUUAUGAGAGCCUGGAAAAGGCCAAUCACGAGGAAGUACUAGAGGCUGGAAAACAAGCUGCACAGAAAUUGGAACAGUUCAUCUCCAUUCUUGUGUCUUGCAUUCCACCCCUUUGCAAUGCCAGUUGAUUAGCCUCAGAUUGGUCUGGCUUCUGCCUUACGGGAUCCAAGAAGCUGCUACCUACUUUGGCCCUUUGUUGGGGUCUCUUGUCUUGCCCUUAGGUGGUAGCAGAAAGGAGAGGAAGAUUCCUGUCCUUUACUUUCCCCACAUUUCCCACCAGACCUUUCUGGUGCCAAGUCCUCUUUUGCUCAGUUGUUUUCUGAAAGCAGUUUCCAUCCCUGUUCUUCCCCAGACUGGAGCCCCUGCCCUACUUACUACUCAUCCAUGGAUAUGCCCAGGAUUUGACUUGAGUCUUCAAACUUGGCACAGUAGCUGCUAACUUUUUGAGACAAUGCUCUCACAUUCCCAGGGGCCUGAGUUCUGCCACCCCGUAACACUGGAGACCACACAAGGACCAGCCCAAUACCUCUUUCAAUUUUUAACAUUAUUGUGUUUUGAGAAUAAAGAGAAAGAUGCAUCAUUUCUUCAUUUUUCGUACAACUUGGUGAGGCUGGGGACAUAGGCCGAGACUAGCAGGGAAGUCAUGUGACUUAGUCUGCUUCUCAGACAAGUAGCUAAGGUCCUGGAUGAAUGUGGUAUGUAAAGUAAGGAAGGGCAAAAUGAUGAAAACUUAGGGAAAGAUACUGAAAGAGAUGAUGAGAAGGAAGAAAGGGCUAACUUCUGGCACAUGGUGUUGCCACUUCCCUCACCACAGUCUUACCACUGUCUCUUGCCUUCUGAUUGUUUUACUCCCUGUCUCCUCUCAUGAGUUAGUUCACUGAUCUCAGCUUCUGCUCCUUAGUUGACACUUCCUUGUUGAGGCCCUAAUCCCACUUUCUCUUGCUUUCCUUCUCUGAUUUCUGCCAUAGUUGGUGGCAACCAUACUCUACUCCUUUUCGACAGUGCAUUGGUGAGUCCCCCUUUCUCUGCUGCCAGCCACCCCACUGCUGAUUAGACUCCUGUCAGCCCGUGGCCAACCUGUGAGGUUGGUUCAUACCCAGUUCUUCUCUUUGAGCACCUUCUUUCCUCCCUCUGUUUCCUUCUAGCAGCAGCCUUUCUCUUCCGUUUUGCUUGGUCAGAACGCUGCAUCCAGGCAUUGCCCUUUGUUGGCUCACUGCACUAUUUUUGCUUAUCAGCUUGCAUUCAGCUGGCUGGUGUGUUUGGAAACAGCCUACCACACUACCCUCCCAGGUCUACUUGCCGUUUAAGAAAGGGCAUUGCUGGAUAAGUCUCUAAGAGUAGCGACAUUUCAGUUAUUAGUAGCAUAAUAUGAAGAAAGUAUUUUGGACAGGGAGCCUUUGAGAAUUCUUCCAUAACAUCCUUUGGCAACUGGCCUAAGGAAAAUCAACAAAUCCUGGGGUGGCCCUAUCGCCACUCCUUUUAUCUUUUUUUUUUUUUUGUACUGCUACUUAACUUCCAGGACCUGUAGGCAAUCCGCUAGCAUCUGUUAAUUGUCUCAGAGCUGGCUGUAAGAGCUGGCUUAGAGGGAAGUACUGUGUGUCCUUCAGGGUACAGGAGCUUCCUAGGUAUAUACACAACUGUAACUUAUUCAUCUAAUGGGAUGGUUUAUAGACAUUUCUCUUUAAUUAAUUAUUGAACAUCUCUUUGUAUAAGGCUCUCAGCUAAGCAAAUGAUAAUGAGUGAAUGUAAGGAAGGUGUUUCUUCUCAAGUGCCUGCAGGUCUUAAGGAAGACACAUUUGUAAAGCUAUUAACUGUUAGAUACCAGUUACCAGUUGCCAACAAUUCUGACUCAUGGUGACCUGAUGUGUGACAGAGUAGAACGCCUCACAGGGUUUCCAAUGGCAGUGAUCUUUCAGAAGUAGAUCGCCAGAUCUUCUGAGGCACCUCUGGUUGGAUUUGAACUCCCAACCUUUUAGUUAGUAGCCGAGUACUUAAAAGUUUGCACUACUCAGGCACUCUAAUUUUUAUAUAAAAAAAAAAUUUAUAUAAGGCAGUAUAAAAUAGAUACAAGUCACAUAUUGUUCUCAAAGGAGAGACUGAUUGCAUACACUGGGCAGUGAGGAGUAGGUUGGUUAGAGGAAGUUUCACAGGAAACUUUGAGCUUAGUCUUGAAGCACGAGAAGGGAGAAAGAGGAUUUCAUGCCAGGAUGAGGUAAAGCACAGAAAAGUACUAGGGAUAUUCUUGGGUCAUUGCCACAACUGGUGUGACUAGAACAGAGGACAUUAAGGGCUCUAGAGAGACAUGGGUAGAAAGGUAUUUAGGGGCUGGAAGAGGGCUACAUUUGGUCCUUGGCUUUCCUACCCCUGUUGUGCCUCUUAGUGAGAUAAAUGGUUCCACCUGAAAAAUAUGUCCCAGACAGACUUGAGUGGAAUAUUUUGGGACACUUAUAAUUUCUUAAAUUUAGUAAAUGGGUAAACUGUAGAGGAUUCCAUGUGUUUCAUGAUAGAAUACUAGAUUCAAGCAAAAGAUUAUAUAUUUGAUAUCAUAAUUUCUAGAGUUUCUAAUUCUUUAGUUCUAAACUAAGCCUAGGAAACUCUAGGGGGCAGUUCUGCCCCGUCCUAUAGGGUUGCUAUGAGUCUGAAUGGACUGGAGGGCACGCAACAACAAAAAAAGUAGAAAUUACCUACUUUAUGCAAGUGUUUAUUACUGUAUUCAUGUAAAAGCAUUAAAGAUAUUUUAUGGUGACAGAAAAAUUAGGUUCUUCCAAGUACAACCUAAGUGAUGUGACAAGGAAAUGUAGUUACAGGCAAGUAAUGGGCAUUUAAUUCUAGGUAAUAAGUAUUCUAAGUGAAUUAACUAGAAUUCUAUGUUGGAAGGGGUAUGAGCUGGGGAGAGAAAGCAUGCACGCAUAGUGUUUUCAAUUCAGUAUAUUAAGUGUCUUCAAUUUCAGAGUGCCAACCAACCCAGCCAAAACUGAAUACAUCAGUUUGGGAGAGUAAGGAAAUAGAGGCACAAAGUCAAGGGAAACAUCUGGGAGGGCCACCUAGAGAAAGUAAGUUCUUGAAAACAUUGGUGAUAAGGCUGCUUCUCUCUAGUGGGGCCUGCAGGAUACCUGCAAACAAAAGCUUGAUCUUGCUGAGUCUCAUGGUAGGUGUCAAAACACACUCCCUCAAGUCAGGCUUUCUUCCCUGGCCCUAUUAUGGUCAACUUGAUCAACAUUAAUAAAUGUUUAUUAAUCAUAAAAAAAAAACCAAAACCAAACCCCGUUCUGUCAAGUCGAUUCCAACUUAUAGCGACCCUAUAGGACAGAGUAGAACUGCUCCAUAGAGUUUCCAAGGAGCGCCUGGUGGAUUCAAAGUGCCAACCCUUUGGUUAGCAGCCGUAGCACUUAACCAUUACGCCACCAGGGUUUCCUUAUUAAUCACAUGGUAGCAUAAUCAUGUGAUAGUAUACAAUUUUAAGGUUGAAGGUCUUCGGUUAUAGAACGCUGUGCUAAAAACCAUACUAUAAAUUGAUAUAAGACAAAGUGCUUGCAAUCUAGAUGGGAGACAGGAGAAAUAACGAGGCUGAGUUAGUCAUCCCCUCUAUACCUAGCUUUCAGUCUUUUCAUAUGUUGUUAUUGUUUAGAAGUUGGAUUUCUCCACUGAACUGUGAGGGAGUGGGACUAAAUUUUUUAAAAAGGAAUAACGUAUCAAAAGUAGCGUAUGCUAAGUGCCAAAUGAUGGCACAUUUGAACUACAAGAGUUCAAAGAAGAGAACCAACACUAGGGUUCCAAACCCCUUGCUGUUGAGUUGAUUCUGACUCACAGCGAGCCUGUAGGACACAGCAGAACUUCCAGCUAGUGUUUCCAAGGAGAGACUGGUGGAUUUGAACUGUGGACCUUUUGGUUAAGAGCCGAGCUCCAACAAGGCUCCAGCACUACGGGUGGGGAACAGGAAAACGAUUAAUGAGACUUGACUUAGACCUUCGAGGAAAGACAGAUGGAGAAGGUGCUGCUGCAUGCUGGCAAACUCCGGGAUGUUUAAUUAUCUAACAGGUUGAAAUGGCUAGAUUGAAGAACUCGUGAAUGGGAAUGGUGGGAAAUAAAAUGGAGAGAUACUGAACUGUUUAGGCCUCUGCUUCUGCCAGGCUGAGGAGUAAGAGCCUUAUUCUCUAGUUAAGAUGGCCAGCUAUGGAAGGCUUUUAAACUAAGGAGUGAUAGAAGAAAAUCACACUAGUAUUUUGGUGGGCUUAAGCUGGGAUGCUAGGGUCACUAUAAGUCAGAAUCGACUGGACAGCAAUGGGUUUGGUUUGGUUUGGUUUUUUAAGUCAGGACUAGGGUCCUUUGUGGAGCAAACGGUUUGCACUUGAGUGUUAAUCUAAUGGGUGGUGGGUUGAAUUCACCAGGUGGCACCCCAGAAGAAAAGCCUGGUAUCUGCUUCCAUAAAGAUUGUAGCCAAGAAAACCCUAUGAAGCAGUUCUACUCUGUAACAUAAGAGGUUGCCAUGAGUUGGGAUAGGCUGAAUGGCAAUGGGUUGGUUUUUUUAGUUGUUUUGAUGUAGAAUUAGUUUCAACCAAAAUUAACUGCAUAGAACAGCAGAAUUAACCAAAGAUGAUUUUGCUGGUGGAGUGUUUAAGGGCUGAUAGCUUUUCACCAAGUUGAAUUUUGCACUAGAAAUAGCAAAGAGCUCUGUAGGGCUUCACCAGAAAGUUCACACAGGACCAUUCUGAUGCCACAGAACGGUGGAAUGGAUGAGAGAGUGCUGAGAUCUAUGCUUGCACAAAGUAAGAAAAACUUGAGAGGUGGAAAUGGAUUUCAAAGGUUUUCAGACACUUCUUCUGACACCUAAGAAAGACUACUUCAUCUUUUAUCUAUCUUUCCAUAUAUUUACCAAUACCACUGUUGAUGGAGGAAGAAAUAAGAGUGCCCCAUUCCCUGAAGAGACUGACUCGAGUAAUUGAGUAAUUUUUAUUUAAACAUUUAAUAUUAAUGUUUGUCUUAGUCUGGGUUCUCUAAAGAUGAAAAACCAGUACAGAGUAUAAAUAUAUAUACAGACAGAGAUUUAUAUCAAGAAAAUGGCUUAUGUGGUUGUAGAGCUGGGAAGUCCCUAGUCCGUGCGUGGGUCAGGCUGGAGGCUUUUCCUGAUUCACAUAGCUGCAGGGGCUGGCUAACCCAAGAUCAGCAAGUCAGACAGCAGGCAUCUGGCUCACAGGCUAUGGAGACUGAUGAAUACCAAGUUCUGCAGGCAACACUGCAAGUAAGCUGCUAGGUCAGGUCCCAAGAACUGGAGGUCAGGAGCCAGCCUCAGUAUCCAAAGCAAGAAAAAGCCAGUGAGCCUGGCCAGAAAUUCCACCUAUAUUGGAUGCAGGUCAUGCUCCCAAGGAAACUUCCUUUCAACUGAUUGGCUCCUCACUAUAGAUCUCAUCAUGGAGGUGAUCUCAUUAUAUCAGAUCUCAAUAUGGAGGUGAUUACAUCAUUAUAUGGCUGCCAAACUACAUCAUAACUGCCAAACCACUGAGAAUGAUGGCCCGGCCAAGGUGACACACAACCUUAACCAUCACAAUGUUGGCACAGAAUAAAGGAAGAGCAGGGUUGGGUCCAGGUGACUAGAAAUCUGAUUUAUAAUCCUGGCUCUGUCACAAACUGAUUUUGGGUGAGUCAUAAAAACUUUCUGGGCCUAUUUUCCUAUUAUAAAAUGACAAAGAUGAACCAAAUAAUAGUUACAUUCUCUCCAGACUCUUGUGAUUUCUAAGUUUUUUUUUAAAAAAAUACUUAUUGAGCAUUUUCUUUCAGAUGAUAGAAGCAGUUCAUGCUCAUUUUAGAACAUUUGGAAGACACAGAAAAGAAUAAAAGGGAAAGUCAAUAGUCUCACCACCCAGAGAUAUCUAUCGUUAACAUGUUGGUUGGUAGAAAGUAUUUCCUUCCUGUCUUUAUUCCAUCUAUGAAUAUUUUUCUACAUUAAACUGUUAAGAUUAUGAAUUUUAAUUGGUAUUAUAUCAUGAACUGUUCUACAUGUCUUCAACAAUUCUUUAGAAAUAUUUUAAAUCUGUGUACACAUUUCUAGAGCGUUUAUUUUGUUUUCAAUAUUGAGAUGAACAUUUUUAGACAUAAUUUUUUUUUUUUGUCUACGUUAGUUCUUUAGAACAGAUUCACAGAAGUCAAAUUUCUGGGUCAAAAAACUUAAAAAAGUUGUGGUACAUAUUGCCAAAUUAUUUUUCAAAGAAAACGGAGCAAAUUCUUAUUACCUCCAAUAGCCAGAGAGUAUGCUACCUCACUGACUACUCACCAGCAUUGAGGGGUUUUCAAUGUUUACUAUCUUUGUCAACUUGCUGGACAAAAAUGGUAUUUUAAAGUUGUAGUUUGCAUUUUAUUACUAGCAGGGUUGAUUUUUUUUAAUAUUUAUUGGCCGUUUGUAUUCUUCUCAUGGAAAUUGUUCUUUCUCUUUGCCUAUUUUUAUAUUGGCUAUAAUUGACUUGUAAGAGCUUUAAAAAAUACGUUAUUAUCGUGUAAUAUUAUAUGUAAAUUUUCCCUUUGGUUUCUUAAUUUUAUGAUUUGGUUCAUUUGAAAGUUUAUUUAUUUCAAAAAAUAAAGUAUGUUGAUUUCUUUGUUUUUAUGCAUAAAAAUCUUAUGCCAUCUAAAGAUCAGAAAAAUAUUCACAUGACCUUUCUUCUGGCAUUUUAAUGUAUUCGUUAUUAAAUAUUUAUGUUUUUAAUUCAUCUGAAGUUUAGUUAGGGGCCAGUGGUGGUUCAGUGGUAGAGCUCUCCCCUUCCAUGCAGGAGACCUGGGUUUGAUUCCCAGCCAAUGCACCUCAAGCACGGCCACCACCCAUCUGUCAGUGGAUUCGUGGGUGUUGCUGUAAUACUGAACAGAUUAAGAUGGACUAUGAAGAAAGGCCUGAAGGUCUACUUCCGAAAGUCAGCCUUUGAAAACCCUGUGGUUCACAACGGUCUGAUCUGCAACCAAUCAUGGGGAUGUGCAGGACUGGGCAGUGUUUCCUUCUGUUGUGUAUGGAAUUGCCAUGAGAUGGGGUGCUAGAUGGAAGCUAACAACAACAACAAGCUUAGUUAGAUAUAAGGUCCAUUCUCCCCCAUCUCAUUCUUAGGUAGAUACAAGAUCCACCCCCUCCCUUCCAGUUGGUCUGUUUUCCCAAGAGCAUUUAUUGAGCAAUUUAUCUUUUCUCCAUUAGCAUUUAAUGGAGAAAACAGACUUUUUAUGAUAUAUUAAAUUAUAGAUACGAUAGUCUGUUUUAGGGCUGUAAGUUCUGUCUUAUUGACCUGUCUUUGGAAUCUUGAGCCAAUGCUGUGCUGUGUUAGUAUUUGUGAUUUUAAAAUAAAUUUUAAGUUCUACUAGGGCAACAUCCCUCUUCCCCUGCUAUAAUUAAAAAAAUAUUGAAAUGUUCUUGAGAGUAUGUUUUUUAGAUGAAUUUUAGAAUCACUUUUUUCAAGUCCCUACACAAAUCCCUUUGGGAUUUUGAAUCAAAUUUUAUUAAACUUAUAAAUACAUUUGAUAUAAAUCAAGAUCUUCUGAGCCCAACCAGAAACAUAAAAUAUUUCUCCAUUUUUGCAAACAGUAUUUUAUAUUUUUAAAUAAUUUUUUGUAAUCUUUUUUGUUCGCUUGUUUUAAAAAUAAAGAUCUUGGGUGUCUGGUUAGGUUUAGGAAUAUCCCUGUAUAUUUUAUGUCUUUGUUGCUUUUAGAAGGGAAUUCCCAUAUCCACAAAUCCAUACUGACACUGACAAAUCAUUGAAUAAAUAAAUGGGGGAAAAGGGACAACUCCUUGUUACAGGAGAAUUCCAAUUAAUAAAGAUGGAAAGAAUGACAGAAAUAGAAAGUCACCAUUUGCAAAUAUCACAAUAAUAGGUGUUUCCGGCAAGAAUCAAUAAAUUCUAAAAUUAGUAGGUCAAGGUGUGAUGAGAAACAAGAUACUUGCAUAGUCUCAAAAGUAUCUCUUUGCAAGAUAUAUAUCAAUGACAAGGGGAAAAAUAGUAAUUUUACAGUGGAGAAAUCUGGCAGAUGCCACCUUAACCAAGUGGUCACAGUGAAGAUUACCAGCAAUGAGACAUAAAAACCUCAUAUACCUCCUGGUAUGAUGUCUUGAGAAGGGCAUAAUAGGAUUUCCAUGGUGUUCCUGACAAAAGGUAUACCUGAAAUUAUUUGUAAGAAAACAUCAGGCAAACCCAAAUGGAGACACUUUCUACAAAAUAAGUAGCCAAUACACUUCAAUAGUGUCAAAGUCAUGAAAGGCAAAGAAAGACUGAGGGAAACAUGAUAACUAAAUUCAGCGUGUGACCUUGGAGUGGAUGUCUCAUUAGUGAGACAAUUUAUGCAAUCUGAAUAAGGUCAGUAGAUUAGUUUUAAAAAAAGAAAAAAAAUAGAUUAGUUGAUGGUGUUGCAUCAAUGUUUAAUUCCUUGGUUUAAUAGUUGUCCUGUGGUUAUGUAAGAUAUUAAUGUUAGAGUAAGCUGGGUGAUGGGUGUAUGGAAAUUCUUUGUACUAUUUUUGUGACAACAUUUUUGCAUAUCUGAAAUUAUUUCAAAAUGAGAAAUUAGAAGUAAAAAUCUAAAAAUAAAGGAAGAGAAUUCACUUCUCCAUUUUAUUUCUUGAUUAUUUUUGACAACACAGGAAAGCUAUCGUUUUUAUAUAUUUACUUGUGCAUAGCCACUUUACUGUAUUUUUUAAUAAAUUCCACUAUUUUUCAACUAAUUUUCUUAAUUUAUAGUUACAUAAUCAUUUUGUCUGCAAAUAAUGAUGCAUGUGUCACUUAUUUCCUAAUAAUUAUAGUUCUUAUUUUUAUUUUAUAUCUUAGAGCUUUGAACAGAAAUUCUAGAACAUUGUUAAAUAAUAAAGGUAAUAGAAAGUGUCCUUGUUUUGUUCCUGGUUAUCGUGGAAAGUCCUCUACUUUUACAGCAUUAAGUAUGAUACUGUCUCUUGGUUUAAGAAUACUAAAAAUUACUCUAACUGUUUGUUUGUUUUUUUAAUUUAGUGUUGAGUAUUUGGUCUAGGUCUUUUACAGUGUUUAAAAGAACAAGCUAUUACAAAGUAGCUAUAGCUGCUAACCAAAAGGUCGGAAGUUCAAAUCCACCAGCCAUUCUUUGGAAACCUUAUGAGGCAGCUCUACUCUGUCCUAUAGGGUCCCUAUAUUACAAAGUAAAAUUUAAAGGCAAAAAGCACAAACAAUUUAGAAAUGAAAGCACACUGAAGUCAAAUUAGUCCCUCCUUCUCUUCUUUUUAGUUAAAAAUUUUGAAUAGAUUGUAUACUCACAUAGUUGAAAAAUUAAGCAACAUGGGGGCAUCGAGUUUAUGUUAAUAGUGGUGGAAUGAUUUGGCAAAGGAUAGCAAGAAUGAUUUGUCUCAGUUAUCUAGUGCUGCUGUAACAGAAAUGUUACAAGUGGAUUGUUUUAACAAAGAGAAAUUUAUUCUCUCACAAUCCAGGAGGCUUGAAGUCCUAAUUCAGGGUGCCAGCUCCAGGGGAAGACUUUCUCUGUCGGCUCUGGAGGAAGGUCCUUGUCAUCAAGGUUACCCUGGUCUAGGAGCUUCUCAGCAAAGGGACCCUGGAUCCAAAGGAUGCGCUAUUCUCCUGGCUCUUGUUUCUCGGUGGGGUGAGGUCCCCCUGUCUCUCUGCUUGCUUCUCUCUUUUAUAUCUCAAAAGAGACUGAUUUAAGACACAACCUAAUCUUGUAGAUUGAGCCCUGCCUCAUUAACAUGACUGCCUCUAAUCUUGCCUUAUUAACAUCAUAGAAGAAGGAUUUACAACCCAUAGGAAAAUCAUAUCAGAUGACACAAUGGUGGACAAUAGCACAAUAUGGCCUAGCCAAGUUGACACACAUUUUGGGGAGGCACAAUUCAAUCCGUAACAUGGUUGCACAACUUGAAGAAUGUAUCAGUGUCACUGAAUUGUAUAUAUAGAAAUAGUUGAGUUGGCAUAUAUUUCGCUAUGUAUAUUUUUACCACAAUAUAAAAAUAAUAAGUCAACAUAAAUGUAUACAAUGAAAAGUCUCAUCUCCCUCCCGCCCUCCAUCUACCCUUCCCGCCCCCACCCCACAGGUAACCACUCUUAUUAGUUUCUUGUGUAUUCUUCCAGGAUUUGUGAAAAUAGAAGCAAAAAUGCAAAUAUACUUUUUUUCUCCUCUUGAUAUUAUACACUCAAGUUAGCGUGUUGUAUGUACUGUUCUGUAUCUUGCUAUUUUAAAUUAAUAUAUCUUGGAGAGCUUUUUACCUAGGUAAAUUAGUCUGCUUCCUUGAUGAGUUAGGCUUAUGUUGUUAAAGAUAUCUACCAGUCUGUUGGCUCUAGGUUUGAGAAGAAAAGGAAGAAUAAUAUCUUUAAAAUAUUUUUCAGUCAUUUUGAGUUUGUCGAUUACCAACAGGAAUGAAUAGAGACAAAGAGAUGUUUUCUGCUGCCCCUUUAAAGCAGGAAGGUGGGGAGGAUAGAGUGUUCAUUCUGUGCUGUGUGCCUUUGGUUUAAAUUUGAUUUGGCUUAGAUUUGCAUUGCCUUUUUCCUUGUGAAUAGGCCUCUGCUUUUCAUAAUUACUUUUCGUUUCUAAAGGGCUCAUUUCGAACGAGCAUUGGCUAUCUGCUUGGUUUGUCUGAUAUUGUAAAUUUGGAUUUCAAUAAAAACGGAAUUUUUCCUAUCUUUAAUCUUUUUGCCUGAUUUUUUAUUUUGGCCUAAGUUUGAUUUGAUAUUGUUUGGGAUUAACCCGCUUUAGCUUUCACUUUUGCUUCCAUCUGAGUUUCUCUCAUUUGCCAACUUCUCUUUUUCUUGUUCUCCUUUUCUUCUGUUGCCAUUCAUGCUCAAAAAAGAGAAAAUGCCACCUUGCUUGUCAGCUAUUUGAUUUCAACUUCAGGUUUACCUUUUGUUAUUUUAUCUUGAACUGUUUCCACCUGAGCUUCUGCUAUAAUUUAUGACAAAAGAUUAGUAGGAAUAUUGUACCAUUCUAUGUACAGCCGGAACUGUUUCAGUUCUAUCAAGUAUUCUCUUUACUCAUCAGACGCUAUUUAUCAUGGAUUGAAUUGUGUCCCCCCAAAAUAUCUAUCAGCUUGGCUAGGUCAUGAUUCCCUUGUAUGAUUGUGUGACUGUCUACCGUUUUAUCUUCUGAUGUGAUUUCCCUAUGUGUUGUAUCACUAUGAUGCAAUGAGACGGAUUAGUGGCAGUUAUAUCGAUGAGGCCUACAAGAUUAGAUAGUGUCUUAAGCAGAUCUCUUUGAGAUAUAAAAGACAAAAGCAAGCAGAGGGACAUGGGGACCUCAUACCACCAAGAAAGCAGUCCUGGGAGCAGAGUGCAUCCUUUUGGCCUGAGGUUCUUGGGCUGAGAUUCUCCCAGACCAAGGGAAGACUGAUGCAUCACGAGGACCUUCCUCCAGGACAGAGAGAAAGAGAAAGCCAUCCCCUGGAGCUGGUGCCCUGAAUUUGGACUUCUAGCCUACUGGACUGUGAGAGAAUAAUCUUGUCUUUGUUAAAGCCAUCCACUUCUGGUAUUUAUGUUAUAGCAGUACUAGAUGACUAAAACACUAAAAAAAAAAAAUUUUUUUUUCAAUUCCAGCUCCUAAUAUUAAUUCCAAUUGCUCCUCCUAAAUAAUAAUAUAUAGAUACCCCAAUUGUUGUUACUCCACCAACUCCAUCAAGCAAAGUAACAAAAAUAUUUAAUUGCAGCAGAGGAUAAAGUUGACAAUUGCACAGCGGUUGUUUUUAAUAUGCUUGUUUUGGAGAUAGGAGUGUCCUCACUCUGGGCAUCCAUAGAUAGGAUAUUAAGGAGCCUGUGAAGCCCCUGAAAUGCAAGAUUGUAUGUGUGUAAAUUUCUUGGGAGGCAGAUGAAAGUCAAUAGAUUUUCUUGGAUGUUUAAUUCUGUGAUUCACCAACACUCUUUUCCCGUACCCCACAAAUGCAUAGUAACCACUAGGAUUAAAAACAACAACAUAGAAUUCUGAUCCAACCAUCAUGGGCUGAUCUAUCUCCAAAAAAGAUAAGUUCCAGUUCUAACUCCUGGUACCUGUGACUGUGAUCUUAUUUGGAUAUAGGGUCUUCACAGAUGUAAGUAGUUAACACGAGAUCAUACUGGAGUUUGAUGAGCACUAAUCCAAUUUGAUUUCUGUUUUUAUAAGAACUGGAGAAGAGACACAGAGCCAGACAGAUGUGGAAGGAAGACAUCAUGUAAAGACAGGGAGAGAUUGGAGUGAUAUAUCUACACGCCAAGGAUAGCCAGCCAUCACCACAAGCUAGGAGAGAAUCAUGGAACAGAUUCUCCCUCAGGACCCUCAGAAGGAAUCAACACUACUGACAUCCUGACGUUGAACUUCUAGCCUCUAGAACUGUGAGAGAAUAAGUUUCUAUUGUUUUAAGCCACUCGGUUUGUGGUAACUUGUUAUGGUAAAAAACUAAUACACCAGGCUCUAAAAUAUUUCCUACCUACUGACUCUUCACUUCAGGAUAAGCCCUAUGGCUGGUCUAAGAGCCUGUUAGCAGGAAUGCCAGAGAUCUAGAAAAUUGAUCCCUGUUAUGGUUCCACAGUACUGGGUUCAGGAAUGUUCUCAGUGGGUAUACUAGCCUGGAGAGUCUGAAAGAGAUCCCUUAGAAAACCAAACUGUGCGUUGUAAUAGUAUUGAGCAUUUCGUUACCCUUAGACACAUGAUGGACUUCUGCUCCGGAAGAGCGACUCUGGGCACGUUCAUACUUGUUUAUGAGUAUAGCUAGCCUGUACCAAGAGAGACUAUGAUGUUUCUAUAGGGUCUAAUGUGAUGCUUACUCACUCAGAGGUUUUCUACAUGGUGUACCCGUCAGGUGAAAGUCUUCAGAGUAAAGUCUGAAAUGAAAAAUUUGCUCAUAUCUCUGUUUGGUAUGUGACUGAGCUGACUUUAUUCUGUGUCUUUUGGAUAGGAAACCCUACUGAUUUAUUCAAGUGAUGUCUGUGGCAGGUCUCAUCACCAAGUCAUACCUGCUACUGACAUUUGUCACUAUAGGGACCAUUCAGUUUCUAGGAAACCAUAACAUUUACUUGAUAACCCUGUAUUGCAUUUUUGUUUGUUCAUUAUUUUUUUCCUAUUUGUUUUGAACUUUGUUCUUCUUAUAAUCAGAUUGUAUUAAGCCUCAUACAGAAAUAUAGGGAUAUGUGUAUGUGUGUACAUAUACUUGCGCAUGUAUAUAAACAUAUGCAUACGCAAAAAUCAAAAUUGUCAAAUGAUAGAUUGUUGUUUUCCCAUGAAAACUGAAAGUGUUGAUACACUUCAAUAUCCCAGAUUGGGUACCUGUCAAGAGUACCUUUGUAGGUCACUGAGCAGGGUAAGAUGAACACAUGAGGAAGGAAUGUUCAUUCGCUUAUACGAAGAAUGUUCUAGGGCCUGGGAAUAUACAGGAGAACAAUCCGUGUGACAGGGACCCUUGACAAUGGAAGGAAAACCCAGAACCCAGUGCUGUCGAGUCGAUUCCGACUCAUAGAGACCCUGUAGGACAGAGCAGAACUGCCCCAUAGAGUUUCCAAGGAGCACCUGGCGGAUUCGAACUAGCCAACCCUUUGGUUAGCAGCCAUAGCACUUAACCACCAGGCCACCAGGGUUUCCAAUGGAAGGAAAACUAGUCCAUAUUGAGAAGCUUGGCUUUAACUUGAUAGCUGUCCAUAAGAGGGCAGCAGAGCUAGGGAACAGGAAAAGAGCUCUUCAAGAUGGUCCCUUCAGGGCAAAUACUCUGUUAAAAAUCUAAGAUAAUAGAGGGAAUGUAGUCCUUCCUCUCCAGAGCUUCUACAUUAAAAUUCAGCUUAAAGACCCCAGAAGCUCCAGAACUUGAGAAACACUUGGGUAUUGUGGGCAGAUUUCGAGACCUGGGGGGAAGGAAGCAAUUACAGGGCUGACCAGGGGUGAAGGAAUGACUAGCAUAGAGGGAAGUUGUAGCUAUUAUGCCGAAGAAUUAAAAAAAAACCUAGGCUGGACCAUUGUUGUUUUAAAUAGACUGAUCCCCCUGGAGUCAACAUUGCCACUAAGAAAGUUCCAGAAACAACUCAUCAGACAUGGAAUGGACUGGACAAUGGGUUGGAGAGAGAUGGUGAUGAAGAGUGAGCUACUUGUAUCAGGUGGACACUUGAGACUGUGUUGGCAUCUCCUGUCUGGAGGGGAGAUAGGAGGGUAGAGAGGGUUAGAAACUGGCAAAAUUGUCAUGAAAGGAGAGACUGGAAGGGCUGACUCAUUAGGGGGAGAGUAAGUGGGAGUAUGGAGUAAGGUGUAUAUAAGCUUAUAUGUGACAGACUGACUUGAUUUGUAAACGUUCACUUAAAGCUCAAUAAAAAUUAUUUUAAAAAAAAAGGAAGUUCCAGAAAAACAUUGGUUAAAUCUGAUUAUGUGUGGCCAAACUUACCAAAAAACCACUUAGGGAAGGGCUGCAUCCUAAUCUAUGAUGGAAGGGAGGAAGAUACUAGUGCUGCCACUGGACCCUUAAUGUGAGUAACCACAGAAAUAACAUGUAGUGCUUUACAGUUCACAAAAGAUUUUACAUUCCUUGUUCCUUUUUAGUUUUGAUAAUUAUAGAGACCUGUGUGUAAGGGUCAUUAACGUUAUUCUCAUUUUCACUUUUCAGAUGAAAAAGAGCAGUUUAGAGAUAUUCCCGACAUGACACAACAAAUGGCUAAACCAUUCAGGACUUCUGUCUCCAUAUCUUUGGACCUACAGAGAGUGAAAAGGGUGGGGAAUGUGUGGAAAAAGAUCAUGUGUUUAGCUGAAUAUGAAAGGCCCAGAGGGAGUUAAGUUUGACUGCAAAUUGAAGACGAAGCCUUGUAGUAAGCAGCCUUCUUUUAUUAUUUUUAAAGAAUCAAGUUUAUUGUAUGCAACCUCGGAAAGUUAGGACUAGGACAGGGAGAGAAAUUCCACAGUUUUAGGAAGAACUCUAGAAAAAAGAGAUUGUUGUUUUACGUCCCUGAAGUGUUGAAGCAGAGGCUAGAUGAAUAUUUGACAAGGCUGUAGAGGGGAUCUUUGACCUUAUAACCUCAAAAGUUUCUUUCAAAUCAUGUCAUUUGAAACAUCAGGACUUUAGCUUGCCAAAGUCUAAAGAAAACAGUAUCAUCCCCGACACUCUAGUUAUAUGAAAGGAGGGUGGGGUGUUUCACUGUUCUUUCAUGUAAUAAUGAUUAUAUAUCCGUGCACAUCCAUUUCUGCUUGACCCACUGCAGGGUGGGAGCUGGGGAGUUGGGACACUAGGGCAGGGAGAGUAGAAAAUGUGACUGAUCCCAGACAAAAGUGGAAACAAUUCACUGUCUCAUUGGUCAAGGAAAGGCAGCCCUUCAGCUUAGCAAUUGAGAAAUCUCCGGCAGCAUACCACUACGUGGAACGCAAUUUACAGCAAGACUGAAAUCAGGAGAUCCAGGGAGCAGUGGGUGAGGUAGAGCUAUGCAGGAACUUUGAGGGAAGGAGUGGUUUGUGAGUGGAAGAUUUACAUAGAGGUGCACUCUGCGGUGAAGAAAGAGUUUUAUUGGCAAAGCCAUUUGUUCCGGGAGAGCAGUUUAGAAUAGUACAUUUUAUAUGGGCAGUAGUUUAUGAGGAAAGCAUUCGUGGGGAGAGGAUUUUGGGGCUCGUGAUACGCAUCGGAGCACUUGUUAAGAAAUGUUGAAAUGUAGCUUGUAGGGGAAUUGCUUUGCUAGGGGCCCAGGAGGCAGGGUUUGGUGCAAUGGAAAAGGACAGAGGGGCAAAAAGAAAAGAAGUUCUUGCUGUGGCCUUAAAAACAAAACAAAAACUACUCAUUUAUUAUUUUAUUUUAAAAUAAAAAUUUUAUGUGAUUACAAACCAAACCAGUUGCUGCUCUGUCAAUUCCAACUCAUGAUGCUCCAUGUGGGUCAGAGGAGAAGUGUGUUCCAUAGGGUUUUCAAUGGCUGUGACCUUUCAGAAAUAGAUCAAGGUGACUCUGGGUUUGUUCAAACCAUGAACCUGUUACUGCAAAUUGCGGAUUCAAGCCGCCUGCGGCAAGCCAAUAGUGAGACAGGAGGAGGUAAGUAGCAAGAGGGCUUUAUUGAACACCGUGUUCAAGAGACAGAGGGGCAAAGUUUCCCCCAGGUUCUGUCUGCCCCAAGAGGGCUACAAAAGCGUUUUAUAGGGAGAGGGUCUGGGUUUAGAAAUUCCCAGGAUUGUUGAUUCUCCUUCGAGGGGGACGUAAUGACGAAGUGACUUAUUGUUGACGUCUUGCAGGCCUCUUUACGCCAUCCUGGUUUCGUUCACUGGAUGGGUCCGGGUUUUGCUCAAUCAUCUCGGGUGCUGAUGGUAUCGCUCAUUGUUUUUGUCACCUCGGAGAGAAACAUGGUUUAAUGAACAACAAAAAUCUUGAUUACCUUGUUUUUCUACAAUGGAACGAUCGUGAGACAGAUUCCAGAGCAAAUAAUGGACACUUUUAAAGGCUAAAGAUUUUAAUCACAGCUUAUACAGCUAAACUAGAGAAUAUAUUCUCUCUUAUUUUAAUACUAAAACACUACAGAAAAUGUAUUUUCUCUACUUCAAACCUUUUGCUUAGUAGCUGAGCAGUUAAACAGUUUGUACCACCCAGGAACUCCAUAUGACAAAAGCCUUACAUAUAAUGUAGAAAAUUGGACAAUAUUAAGAACAAAAGAGCCUUUAAUCCCCUCAGCAAAGAUAAGCACUGUUAACAGUUUGGUGUACUUACUACGAAUUUUACAUAUUUUUGGAAAAAUUUUUAGUGACUAUUUUGUCCCCAACUUGUUACUUUGAAAAUCUUCAAGCCUAUAAAAAAGCUGAAGAACAAUGUGAUAAACACUAGUAUGUUGUUAUUGUUACAUGCCAUGGAGUCAGUUCCAACUCAUAGUGACCCCAUGUACAACAGAAUGAAAUACUGCUCAGUCCUUCACCAUCCUCACAGUUGGUGCUACGUUUGAAUCCAUUGUUGCAGCCACUGUUUCAAUCCAUCUCGUUGAGAGCCUUCCUCUUUUUCGCUGACCUCCUACUUUACCAAGCAUGAUGUCCUUCUCCAGGGACUGAUCCCUCCUGAAAACAUGUCCAAAGUACAUGAGAUGUAAUCUCACCAUCCUUGCUUCUAAGGAGCAUUCUGGUUGUGCGUCUUCCAAGAUAGAUCUGUUCGUUCUUUUGGCUGUCCAUGGUAUAUUCUAUAUUCUUUGCCAACACCACAAUUCAAAGGUGUCAAUUCUUCUUUGGUCUUCCUUAUUUAUUGUCCAGCUUUUGCGUAUAUGAGGUGAUUGAAAACACCACGUCUUGGGUCAGGAGCACCUUAGUCCUCAAGGUAACUUCUUUGUUUUUCAAUAUUUUAAAGAGGUCUUUUGCAGCAGAUUUGCCCAAUGCAAUAUGUCUUCUGACUUCUUGAUUGCGGAUCCAAGUAAAAUGAAAUCCUUGACAACUUCAAACUUUUCUUCAUUUAUCAUGAUGCUGCUUAUCGGUCCCGUUAUGAAGAUUUUUGUUUUCUUUAUGCUGAGGUGUAAUCCAUACUGAAGGCUGUGGUCUUUGAUCUUCACCAGUUAAGUGCUUCAAGUCCUCUUCACUUUCAGCAAGCAAGGUUGUGUCAUGUGCAUAAGGCACGUAUACUUUCACCUAAUUCAUCAAUCGUUAACAUUUUGCCAUACAAUAUGCUUCUUUUUUUUUUUCUGAGCCAUUCACUUUUAAAUACAUCGACAUUCUCCUACAUAACAACAUUACCAUUAUCUCAUCUAAAAAGAUCAGUACUAAUUCAAUAAAAACCAGUUACCACGGAGUCAAUUCUGACUCUUGGCAACCCCAUGGUGCCAGGGUAGAAUUGUGAUCCAUAGAGUUUUCAAAGGCUGAUUUUUCAGAAGUAGAUUUCCACGCCUUUCUUCUGAGCUGUCUCUGCAUGAACUCAAACCUCCAACCUUUUGGUUAGCAGUGAAGAAGGUUAACUGUUUACCACCCAGGGACUCUGUUAAUUCAAUAAGAUCAUCCAUUGUGUCUUGCUACUGAUCGCAAACACUUUCCCUUUUCUUAUUUCUCUAGCUCUCAUUUUUGAAGGCAGAACAUCAAUCACUGUCUAUUCAGCAAGAGCAAACAGCUGUGUACCUACUUUUAUACUUAUGUCUUAGUUUUCUAGUGUUGCUAUAACAGCAAUACCACACAACAGAAAUUAAUUCCCCUAGAAUUCAGGGCGCUGCUUUUAGGGGAAGCCCUUCUCUCUCUGUAGGUUCUGGGGGAAGGUCCUUGCCUCCUUUCAGCUUCUCUCCCUCAGUUCUUUGGUGAUCUUCAUGUGGUAUGGCAUCUACCCUCCCCCAUUUCUGCUUGCUUCUGGCCCUAACCUAUUCCUUUUAUAUCUUAAAAGCACAUCCUCAUUAACACAACAAAGAAAACCCUGUUCCCAAAUGGGAUUACAUCCACAGUAUAUUGCUGUUGUUAGUUGCUUCCAACUUCGCAGUUCCAAUUGUGCCACCCAGCCUCUUGCUGUGUGUUGUUGUUGUGUGCCUUUGAGUUGAUUCCGACUCACAGUGACCCUAUAGGACAGAGUAGAACUGCCCCAUAGAGUUUCCUAGGCUGUAAAUUUUUACUCCCUCAGAGUGGCUGCUGAGUUCGAAGUGCUGAUCUUUCAGUCAGCAGUUGAGCAUUUAACCACUGCACUACCAGGGCCCUAUCCACAGUAUAAAAUUAAACCCAUUGCCGUUGAAUUGAUUCCGACUCAUCACAACCCUAUGAGACAAAGUAGAACUGCCCCAGAGGGUUUCCAAGGCUGUAGUUUUUCUUUCUUUUAAAUUGUACUUUAGACGAAGGUUUACAGAACAAAUUAGUUUUUCACUACAGUUAUUACGCAUAUUGUUUUAUGACAUUGGUUAACCACCCCACGGCAUGUCAACACUCCUUUUGCAAACUUAGGUUCCCUAUUACCAACUUCCCUUUUCCCUCUUGCCUUCUAGUCCGUGCCCCAGGGCUGGUAUGCCCCUUUAGUCUCAUUUUGUUUUAUGGGCCUGUCUAAUCUUUGACUUAGGGGGGAACCUCAGGAGUAACUUCAUUACUGAGCCGAAAGGGUGUCCAGGGGCCAUACUCUCAGUGUUUCUCCAGUCUCUGUCAGGCCACCAAUCUGAUCUUUCUUUUUGAUUUAGAAUUUUGUUCUACAUUUUUCUCCAGCUCUGUCAGGGACCCUCUAUUGUGAUCCGUGUCAAAGCAGUCAGUGGUGGUAGCCAGGCAUCAUCUAGUUAUACUGAGCUCAGUCUGGUGGGGGCCGUGGUAGAUGUGGUCCAUUAGUCCUUUGGAGUAUCUUUCCCUUGUAUCUUUAGUUUUCUUCCUUUUUCCUUGCACCCGAAGGGGUGAGACCAGUGGAAUAUCCUAGACAGCUGCUCACACACUUUUAGGACCCCAGAUGCUACUCACCACAGUAGAAUAUAGAACAUUUUCUUUAUAAACUAUGAUACGCCGAUUGAGUUAUAUGUUCCCUGAGACCACAGUCCCCACAGCCCUCAGCCCAGCAAUUUGGUCCCUCAGGGAGUUUGGAUGUACCUAUGGAGCUUCCAUGACAAGGCUGUAAUCUUUACGGAAGCAGUCUGCCAAAUCUUUCUCCCCAGGAGUGGUUGGUGGGUUUGAGCUACCAACCUUUAUUUUUGGUGAUGGGAAGGUGGCAUCAAAUGUGGAUAUGGUGAGCACAGCACAAAGUAAAAAUGAGUGUUUGAGCACAUAUUGAUGGGUAUAGGCAUAUACAUACCAAUGGUGGCAUAGCGGUUAAGUGUUAGGCUGCUAGCCAAGAAGUUGGCAGUUCAAAUCCAUCAGCAGCUCCUUGGAAGCCAUAUGGGGCAGUUCUACUCUGUCCUGUAGGGUCGCUAUGAGUUGGACUUGAUUCCAGGCAAUGGAUUUGGUUUUGGUUUUAAGCAUAUUGGUAUACUGGUAGGUACAGCUGUGUACAUAGGCAUGUGGGUGCAGGCCCAUAUAUUCACCGAAGACACGAAUAUGAGUGAAUACUCCUCAGACAUAACCAAACACCUUCCAAGAUUGGUUUUCUGGGUUUGAAAGCUUAGGACCAUGGUCUCAUGGAACAACUCAGUCAAAUGGCAUGACAUAGUUCACAAAAAUCAUGAUCUGCAUCCUAGUGAAGUGAGAGUGUCUGGGGUCUUAAAAACUUGCAAGCGACCAUUUGAGACACAACUAAUGGUCUCUACUUGCCAGGACCAAAAGAGUAUGAACGUAACCAAAAACUCAGAGACUAAGCAAACCUACAUGAGCCAUGACCUCAUCUACCCUGAGAUCAGAAGAACUAGAUGGUGCCUGGCUACCACCACUGACCAUUCUGCUGGGGGGAACAAUAGAUGGUCCAGGAGGAUAGAAUGGGAGAAAAAUGUGAAACAGAACUCAUAUUCCUAAAAAAAAAAAAAAAAGA